AGGAAUCAACCAAACGUGUUCAAUCACUUCACUUUAUUAUCACUCCCAUUCUUCUUUUUAUUCUUCAAUUCCCUCAUCCAACUGUUGUUGACACAAAUAAUUUCUAGGGUUUCUUUUUUCUAAUCAAUGGAGACGAUCAGGAGAGCAUCGCACGCAGGUUCAUGGUACACUAGCAAUCCUCAAAAGUUGGAGGGAGAACUUGAUGGAUGGCUUAGGGAAUGUGGUUUGACCAAGUCUCCGGAUGUACGCGGUGUAAUUGCUCCACACGCAGGUUAUUCUUAUUCUGGUCGUGCGGCAGCCUAUGCAUUUGGAAGCAUCGAUCCAACUAACAUUACUCGAAUAUUUCUUCUUGGUCCAUCUCAUCAUCAUUACACUCCUCGAUGUGCUCUUUCAAAAGCAACAAUUUACAAAACACCAAUAGGCGAUCUCCCUAUCGAUCGUGAAGUGAUUGAAGAGCUAAAAGCUACCGGAAAGUUUGACAUGAUGGAUCUUAAUGUUGAUGAGGCUGAACAUAGCAUGGAAAUGCAUUUACCGUAUCUCGCCAAAGUAUUUAGUGGAUAUGCAGUGAAAGUUGUUCCUAUUAUGGUUGGUGCCGUAAGUACUGAAAACGAAGCCAUGUAUGGACGGCUGUUGGCAAAAUAUAUUGAUGACCCAAAAAAUUUCUUUUCGGUGUCAUCGGAUUUUUGUCAUUGGGGCUCUCGAUUUAACUACAUGCAUUAUGACAAAAAACACGGGCCUAUUUAUAAAUCGAUCGAGGCAUUGGACAAAAUGGGGAUGGAAAUCAUAGAAACCGGAGAUCCAGAUGAAUUCAAACGGUAUUUGUCGGAAACUGAUAAUACUAUUUGCGGGCGUCAUCCCAUCAGUGUUUUUCUCCAUAUGUCGAAGAACUGCUCGACAAAAAUAAAAAUAAAAUUUAUUAGAUACGAGCAAUCGAGCCAGUGCAAAAGCACAAGAGACAGCAGCGUGAGCUAUGCAUCAGCAGUCGCGAAGUUGGAUCACUAGUUUUUUUAGUUCCGCGUGUAUUUUCUAACCUUGUUUCGAUACAUUUGGAUACUUGAUCUUGUUUGUUGCUUCUUGUCAAUAAGAUGGCAUUUCUGAAUCAUAAUUCAAGAAAAAAGAUGUUUUAUAAUUUCAAUGGAUUCUGUAAGAAAACA